GGGAGAAGAAGAGACGUAUGUGAGGGGUGAUCAGCAGUGUAAGGAGGAGGAGAUCCCUACAGAUAUCAGCACAUCAGAUGGACACACAAGCAGGAAUAUCUCAGAAGGACAUCUAAUGUUAUCCCCGGAUUGUGAUAUAAAAGAUAAUGACAGUAGACAGGAUUCUCCAGGAAAUAACACCAUUACCCCAAUUAUACAUCCAGCUCUAUCAGCUGAUCCCUCUGAUCCUGGGAAAUGUUCUCCUGAUCACUCAUAUUGGUGCAGUUACAGCUCCUACAGUAGAUACAGAGUUUCCCUGUUCUAUAGAUGCCAAAUGUUUUACACAGAAUACAAAGCGUAUUACCCAUCAGCCAGCUAAGGCAGGUGAGAGGCCAUUUCCAUGUUCUGAGUGUGGGAAAUGUUUUACACAAAAAUCAGCUCUUGUUACACAUCAGAGAAGUCACACAGGUGAGAAGCCAUUUUCCUGUUCUGAGUGUAGGAAAUGUUUUCCACGGAAAUCAGAUCUUGUUACACAUCAGAGAAGUCACACAGGUGAGAAGCCAUAUUCCUGUUCUGAGUGUGGGAAGUGUUUUGCACAGAUAUCAGCUUUUAUUACACAUCAGAGAAGUCACACAGGUGAGAAGCCAUAUACUUGUGCUGAGUGUAGGAAAUGUUUUCCACGGAAAUCAGAUCUUGUUACACAUCAGAGAAGUCACACAGGUGAGAAGCCGUAUUCCUGUUUUGAGUGUAGGAAAUGUUUUGCAUAUAAAUCAAGUCUUGUUACACAUCAGAGAAGUCACACAGGUGAGAAGCCAUUUUCCUGUUCUGAGUGCGGGAAAUGUUUUACAUAUAAAUCACAUCUUAUUUCACAUCAGAGAAGUCACACAGGUGAGAAGCCACAUUCCUGUUCUGAGUGCGGGAAAUGUUUUAAACAGAAAUCAGCUCUUGUUACACAUCAGAGAAGUCACACAGGUAAGAAGCCGUAUUCCUGUUCUGAGUGUGGGAAAUGUUUUGCAUUGAAAUCAAUUCUUGUUAUACAUCAGAGAAGUCACAGAGGUGAGAAGCCAUAUUCCUGUUCUCAGUGUGGGAAAUGUUUUGCAUCGAAAUCAUAUCUUGUUACACAUCAGAAAAGUCACACAGGUGAGAAGCCAUAUUCCUGUUCUCAGUGUGGGAAAUGUUUUUCAUAUAAACCAAAUCUUGUUACUCAUCAGAGGAGUCACACAGGUGAGAAGCCAUUAUCCUGUUCUGAGUGUGGGAAAUGCUUUACAUAUAAAUCAUAUCUUGUUAUACAUCAGAGAAGUCACACAGGUGAGAAGCCAUAUUCCUGUUCUGAGUGUGGGAAAUGUUUUGCAUUGAAAUCAAUUCUUGUUACACAUCAGAGAAGUCACAGAGGUGAGAAGCCAUAUUCCUGUUCUCAGUGUGGGAAAUGUUUUGCAUCGAAAUCAUAUCUUGUUACACAUCAGAAAAGUCACACAGGUGAGAAGCCAUAUUCCUGUUUUGAGUGUGGGAAAUGUUUUGCAUAUAAAUCAUAUCUUGUUACACAUCAGAGAAGUCACACAGGUGAGAAGCCAUAUUCCUGUUCUGAGUGUGGGAAAUGCUUUACAUAUAAAUCACAUCUUGUUACACAUCAGAGAAGUCACACAGGUGAGAAGCCAUAUACCUGUUCUGAGUGUGGGAAAUGUUUUGCAUUGAAAUCAAUUCUUGUUACACAUCAGCGAAGUCACAGAGGUGAGAAGCCAUAUUCCUGUUCUCAGUGUGGGAAAUGUUUUGCAUCGAAAUCAUAUCUUGUUACACAUCAGAAAAGUCACACAGGUGAGAAGCCAUAUUCCUGUUCUGAGUGUGGGAAAUGCUUUACAUAUAAAUCACAUCUUGUUACACAUCAGAGAAGUCACACAGGUGAGAAGCCAUAUUCCUGCUCUGAGUGUGGGAAAUGUUUUGCACAGACAUCAGCAUUUGUUACACAUCAGAGAAGUCACACAGGUGAGAAGCCAUAUACCUGUGCUGUGUGUAGGAAAUGUUUUUCACGGAAAUCAGAUCUUGUUACACAUCAGAGAAGUCACACAGGUGAGAAGCCGUAUUCCUGUUUUGAGUGUGGGAAAUGUUUUACACAGAAAUCAGCUCUUGUUAGACAUCAGAGAAGACACAGGUGAGAAGCCGUACUUCUGUUCUGAGUGUGGGAAAUGUUUUGCAUGGAAAUCAGAUCUUGUUAAACAUCAGCAAUUUCACAAGUGAGAAUCCAUUUUCAUGCUGAGAGAUAAAUAAAUCUGCUCUUGUUGAACAUAUUAGACAUUACCCAAGUACGGAACCAUUUAAAUCUUCUGGAGUAUAAUUAUCACUGUCGUGCAAUGUUCCUCAAGGGUCAAUCCUAUCUCCUAUGCUUUAUAAAAUAUACGUGCUACCACUGGGUGAUGUAAUCAGACGUCAUGGCCUGGUCUACCACUGCUAUGCUGAUGACCUGCUUUUUGCUCCACGUACUGAGAACCUAAUACCAAUCCUAAAUGGUACUAGAAGCAGCUUCUGCCUCCUUACUGCCCUGCUUGCUGGCUUCUACAGAUGAAGGACUGUUACCAGCAGUACCAAGAAUCUCCUGUAAUUCAUUUAAGGGUUGAACUUUUAGUUUUGCAGCCCUGACCAUGGAACUCAGUGCCUUGCACAGUCCAAGAGGCCUCCACUUUAGAGACCUUUACAAGCAGACUGAUGACUGUUACUCACGCUUUUCAUUAAUGUACCUCUAUUUACUUCCUAAAUAAUACAUCCCAAAUGCUUAGGUCUUUUUUCUGCUGUUUAUUUUGUAUCUUGUGCUUUGUGUAAUUGUGAAUGUCUAAUACCAGUUUCCACAAUCUGUAUUGCUGCACGACAAUAUGGCGGCCAUUGGAACGUGUUUUCACUUCUAGUUUGCCUAACUUCUUGCAGACACUCAUCUUGAUCAGGAGUGCAGAGUGUUUUCAGAUACAAGAUCCUAUCCAUAUAUACCCUGUACAUUAUCAUGUGCAUUAGAGUCACCCGGGUUACAUCUGCAGUGGUUUGUUGUAUGUUACAUCUAUAUGGUGCGGAUACUCCUCUGUAUGAUUUCAUAAU